AUGUCGCAGACCCAGCCGUCCACACAGCAAGUUCUUGACCCGCGUCGGUUGGGGCGGAACAACUCGGGACUCAACGAUGGCGACAUUGCCGAUGUGCUUGUAAUACUGCACCCUGCUACGCCAUCUGCAAUUAAGAUUGUCGAGAACACGGCAGAGUCCCGUCCUCAGCACGUUCUAUUCCGCAACUCUCUCGACCCCAACUCGAUGAAUGCAUCUAUAGUCGAUAUUGAGGAACAGGAAACGAUCAUCAUAAAUGGCAAUGGAGACAGAGUAGGCCAAAGCUCGAGGGCAGGCGCCGACCUUGCUCUGCGUAUGUCCUCAGCGAAUACUCUACGAUUCAAAGAACUGGGCUUCAUCUUCGGACGAAACCCAAACAGUGCCGAUGUUGUAUUUGGUCAAGAUUCUGGCAAGCGCAUCAGCAACCAACAUUUUCGUGUUUAUCUCAAUCUAGACGGUAUACUGAUGGUAGAAGACCUGUCAACUAACGGCACCAUCGUCGACGAUCAGCUGCUGAAGCAAAAGGACAGUCGUUUCGGCAAGAUUCGUAUGAUCGGCUCAGGAUCCAUCAUCUGCAUACAGAGCUCUAACGACGCCGAAAUGAUCAAGUUCAUUGUCCGUGUACCUUCCCGUGUGUCGCAUUCCGAUCGCUUCCGAGAGAACCUUCAGCGAUAUAUUGCCGACUGCGCAAAAGGCGAGGACAAGACCAAAGUUGCGCAGCGCAUCGGUAAGAACUAUGGUGGCCCAACGAUGAAAUGGGAUGGUGGCAUGAACUACAACAUUGUUGGUAUCAUCGGCAAAGGCGCGUUCGCAACAGUACACCUGUUAGCCACUAAAAUGGAGGGCAAGCUUCUUGCAGCAAAAGAGCUAGAAAAGCGUCGUUUCAUGAAGAAUGGACAGCUGGACAAGAAAAUCGACAACGAGAUGAGAAUAAUGCAGGGGCUGCGACAUCCAAACAUUGUCGAGUUUGUCGAAUACCACGACCAAGGCGACUACCUGUACAUCAUCAUGGAAUACGUGCGCCAUGGCGACCUCCAGGCAUACCUCAAUCAGAACGGCCCAAUGAGCGAGAGACUGGUCCGAGCCAUCGGCCAGCAGAUCCUGGGUGCCCUGACCUACCUCCAUCGCUCACAGAUCACACAUCGCGAUAUCAAGCCGGACAAUAUUCUCAUCUCUGAUGUCGAUCCACUCAAAGUCAAGCUAUCGGAUUUCGGCCUUUCAAAAGUCGUCAAACACGAGGAGACUUUCCUCAAAACGUUCUGUGGAACUCUGUUGUAUUGCGCUCCUGAGGUCUUUCCCGACUUUGGAGAGUCCAAAGGCACCAAGCGACGAAGAGGAGCGAAGCAAUUCCACCAGUAUAGUUCGUCCGUGGAUAUCUGGUCAUUUGGCGGCGUUUUAUGGUAUGCCUUGUGUGGCGAGCCGCCAUUCAAGGGUAUUGCCGAUGCCACUGGCCAGGCCAUGUACAACAACAUUACUACUACCCCACUGAAGCCUACAGCACUUGAAAAAGUGGGAGUAUCAGCUCCAUGCAUCGACCUUCUUAUGCAAAUGCUCCAGAUAGACCCUUCUGAGAGACCUGACGCCCGCGCUUGUCUCAGUCAUCCCUGGUUGAAGGAUGGCGCCGCAAUUCCACCUGACCCAGCACUUCAAUCCAUUGUUGAAGAGGAAGAAGAGGAGGCCGAAUCACAACUGUCUCAAUUGAGCAUCGGGGACGAACUUGAAGAAGAUGAGAUACCCGAGUCGGAAGACGAAGCGGAUGUAGAUGACGAGCUGCUUGCGCUUGUCGGGGAAAGCAGAAAACCGAAGCGCAUACGUGCAGAUCCUCUUUACCCUCGCAAUCAGGUGCGCGACCAUGAUGAGGAAUCAAGCGCCGAAGCUUCCUUCCAAUCCGACCGUGUCAUCGACGAGGAAGAGAGUUUUAAAGUCAUGCCCACGCCUCGGCAACCACGACUCUUUGGUGAGAUUGGCCAGUCUGCUUUGCAAAGCUCCGGCAUCCUGCAAGAUCAUGCACAAGAAGCGCUCUCCCAACCGGACCUCACUGGCUCCGACUACCGUGAUAGUGCGCCUAUCUUUAGCCAUACUACAGGUGGUGCGGAGCGCGAGAUACCCUUCAGUGCUCCUCCACAUCUUGACAGAGCUUUCUCUUCGCCUAGCCUUCUGGGUACUGAGUCUCUCGUGCGAGAGUUGUACAUGACCUCUCCAGCCUCGCCUGGCUCUGGGGUCUACAGUCCAAACGAACCAGCCACACCCCGAACGCCGGAUGUCCCUCAGCACAAUUCACUUGAGCAAUCUUCUCGAUUUGCCAGUCAGAUUAGCGAGCCAACACCAAAAGCUCGACCAUCUGCGUCAAAUCGCCAGAUUAGCCUCCCUGUGACAGCUUCCUACUACUACGAUCCCCUCGAUCCAAAUACGCACAACUUGGAGCACGCAUCGCGAGUUAGUGGGUUCGAUUUUGUUGGUGCUCAAAAAGAGGCAACAGCUGGCGCCUCCGCCUAUGAAGAAACAACACGAGGGUCAAAUGCAAGCAGCAGUUUUGCAAGUGGGUCACAAAUAGGUGAGGCGCAAGCUUCAUCACCAUCUGCAGAAGUACCCUCAUUGCCAGCUGAGCUUGACAUCAGACCUCCGCCCAGACGCUUGGGCAAGCUGGUAGCGACUGCUGAUUCUUUCGUGCCAAGCCUUGUGCUUAAUAUUGACAAAAGCAAGACAUCUUGGGGACGACUUGCAAACAAUACAAUUGUGUACGAUCAGAGCCGAGACACCCGCAUUCCAAAGACGGCCUUCAUCAUCUUCUGGUACUCAUCGGGUGGCGAUAGUGCUGAGACGGUGCAGCAAUUAUCACAGAGAAACAAAGAUUGGACAAGCCUCGAGAGAUUGAAUGUGGGCAUCUGGACAUGCGCAACACACGGCAUCUCGGUCAACGGCAAGCACCUCAAGCAAAAGGACGAAAAAGGAAGAGCUCUGUUUGGACAUCUUCACACAGGUGAUAUAAUCCAGGUGUAUCAGGACUCGCGUGGCACAGAAUGCCUCAAGUUUCGCUGCGAGUUCUAUCUAGGUUCUGGCAAAGAUCCAAGGAUCACUAACCAAAGUUUCGAAGUCCUCAGGCAAUAG